UGCAGCGGUAUAGAUGAUAAGUGAUUCUCGUUUAGUGUCCAAGGAGGAGCAGGCCCAUAACAAUCUGAUGAUGGUAAUAGCCACCUUGACAUGGCUGAUGCUGAGCUGUUUAACUCUCUUGAUUUACUGCUGCAAUUACUGGCAAAUUUUGAGACCACAUUCCCACAGAAACAGAGAAGAGUCCGAACGGCAGGAGAGCGUUCUGCUAACAGUGCAUGAUUAGCCGGGGAAAUGCAUGGAAAAUUCAUAUCAAAGCAGCCGGAGGAGAUGAAGGACGAAGGCCAACAGCUGUCGGCGAUCAUCCUUGGGCCUUGACACUGGCCAUAUGCCUCUGUGCAGCAGCUUUCAUUUCCAUUUUCCAUUUCCCAUUUCCCAUUUCCGUUUCCGCUAA